UGUUGGCUCCAGGCCCCUAACAUGAGGCACCUUUCUCACAGUCUGAUGGUGCGGGGUAGCGCUUCACGUGGAGGGGAAUCACCUGAUGGCUCCUGUUUGCACUGACAAGGCAGAUCUUAUCACAACCACCUCCUCUCCCAUCUGCCCUGGUCACUGCCCCUCCCCACUAGACGCGUCUCUUGGCCUGAAGUGCCCUCGUGUUGCACAGCAGCCAGCGGUUCCCCCAGCCUCGCUGAACUGCAGCCUGGCCCGUCCUGCGCUGCGGGCAGCCCUCUUGGCCCGGGACUGCCCCCUCUCUGCCGGCGGGGGCGAGGGCAGCGAGUUCCCGUAAGGCAGGGUGCCUACGGGCUCUGGGCUGACUCUGCCACUCCUGCGCUGCCUGGCUGAGUCACAUGCCGGCCCCGAGGCUUUGGCUGCGCUCCCUGAUCGUUUCCCCCCCAAGGCAGCGGGGCCGCCCGGACGCCGGAGCUGAACCUUCACACCCCGGACUUCAGCUUGCUGGGAGCGCUGGCCAGCCGGAGCACUGAGGACCUGCUCUAAUCCUGGCGGGAUCGGAGCUGGGAGUCGGUUGUUUGCUUUCCUCGUUCUGCUGCUAUUCACCUCCCCGGGGAAGAGCGAAAGUUUUCCCUCUGCAGGGCAGGACAGGGCAGACACAGCAUGAAGGUCGAGUUUGCUCCCAUCAACAUUCCCCUGGCCAGGAGAAUUCAGACAGCUGCAGUGAUUCAGUGGCUCUUCUCCUUCCUCUUACUAGCACAGUGUUGCUGGGUAGUCUUUAUCAUCUUGCUUUUGGGAAACUACUGGUUCCUACCUGUCCUCUAUGCACUGUGGCUCUAUCUUGAUUGGGAGACCCCCCAAACUGGAGGGAGAAGAUCAAAGUGGGUCAGAAACUGGACUAUUUGGAAGUACUUUACGGAUUACUUUCCAAUUCACCUCAUAAAAACGUCAGAUUUGGAUCCAAGCCAAAACUAUCUGUUUGGAUUUCACCCUCAUGGUAUUCUUGUUGCUGGAGCCUUUGGAAACUUUUGCACAGAAUAUACAGGUUUUAAAGAACUAUUCCCUGGUCUUACUCCAUAUCUUCACAUCUUGCCCUUCUGGUUCGGAUGCCCGUUCUUCAGAGAUUAUGCUUUGAGUACUGGAGUGGUGUCAGCCUCCAAGAAGAGUGUGUCUCAUGUGCUGAACAAUGACAGAGGUGGAAACGUUGCAGUGAUUGUGAUUGGAGGAGCAGAAGAGUCUUUGGAUGCCCAUCCUGGAAGUUUAACUCUGAGUAUCCUCAAGAGGAGAGGUUUUAUUAAAAUGGCUUUGAAAUAUGGGGCUCACUUGGUUCCAGUAUUCUCUUUUGGCGAAAAUGAACUGUUUAAGCAAGUUGCAAACCCCAAAGGAUCGUGGCUCAGAACUUUACAGGAGAGACUGAGGAAGAUAGUGGGGUUUACUUUACCACUGUUUCAUGCUAGAGGAAUAUUUCAGUACAGUUUUGGCUUGAUGCCUUACAGGAAACCUAUUCACACUGUUGUGGGGAAACCUAUCACUGUAAAACAGAAUUUGAAUCCUACUCUUGAAGAGAUUGAGCAGCUGCAUCAAACAUACCUGCAAGAACUAAGUAAAUUAUUUGAAGACUGCAAAGAAAAAUAUGGGAUACCCAACCAUGAAUCGCUCAUCUUUAAAUAACUGCAAAUUCAGGAUGUCCAGAUGUACGACAGUGGCCUUGUGAGGAAACAAAACAUUUCUCAAUUUGCAGCCGCUCUUCUAUAGGAAAAAUGUGUGCAUGUGAUAGAUUAAAUUGGUAGAAUUCCUUCCUAUCUUCUUAGUCAUGGAAAAUCCUUCUUCAUUUAGCAUCUGAUCCUGCAAACCUAUCUGUGUAAGUGUCCCUUUGGCUUCAUCAGCACUGAAAAAUGUAACUACUUUUCUCACUAUUGGCUUAGCAGCUCUGCUGGUGAGAAUGCUAGUGUAGACAGAACACAGGUGUCCUUACCAUCAUGUGGUCCAGCUCUAGUUUCAGAAGGUGAUGCUAGAUCAACAGUGGGAAAAGUGUUAGUGUAGACAAGGCCCUUGAUUGCAGCAACUUUAUUCCUAUCUUUUACCCAAGGACUGUAUAAUUUAAGGUUAGGGGAUUUAUUAAACUUGUAUUCGGUGUGA